AUGAGCGAUGAGGGGCCCCUACACAUGGCCAAAACGUCUACCGAGACUGAUUUAGAAAAAUCAGGAAAUAUCUAUGCUCUUCAGAAAUAUCGGUAUGAACAGUGGUGGGAAUAUCCAACUAAGAUUGAUUUUUCCGCGUUGCUCGAGACUGAAGUCGUGCUUCGUGAAAUUGCUCAGCGCGAGAUGGCCGUCAGAGACAAGCUCAACAGGAUCAUCGGGGAAAAUAUCGAGAAAGGCAAGGGGAACCGCAACGUGACUCUCGUUCAAGGCUUACAGGGGAAGCUGUCAAAGCUUGCAAAGCAAUACUGGCUUUUGGAACGGCUUUGGUGGGAAAUUCGGAGUGCAUAUAAGGACUGCCCGAUGACCCGAGGGUUCGACUUGUGGCGCUCGCACCCGAAGUGGGCAGGUCUAACGGACACCACCGUCCGCGUCGCCAAGGGCAAGGUCGACGAGAAGAUUGACAACAAGCCCCCGCCCGUCCCCAUCAGAAACCCCUUUAGGGAGAUGAAAGACAUGUCUGGCGCCGCCGUCGCGAGCGUGGCUCGCUACUUCGAUACCAAUGUGGACUUGGAGAACCCGUUCUACGAGCCGGUCUACAUUCCUGGACGUAAGCAUCGGUCCGAUGACCGACCGCCGUCUAGCGGUACCCUUAGCCGUAUCGAGAGGGCUGGGUGGAUGGACGAAACACAUACUAACAAUUUAAAUUAG